UGUAUAGAAUGGUGCCGUUGUAUCUACUUUCGAUUUUAAAGAAAUUUUAUUUAUUCCAGAAACUAAUAAAACAUGGAAUUCAAAGAAGUUGAAAACAUAAACAAGGAAGUCAUUAUUAAAGUUCAAAACAAGAUUCAUGUAAACGAACUUGUACCUUACAUGGCAAAAUGGGGUUGUAGUACCAUGACAAUACAAGGUAUCGAAAGAGAAAUAAUAAACAAUGGCGAAGCAUGUGCAGUUUCUAAAUUUUUGGAUGCAGUAAGAAGAAGGCCACAGUCAUUUCCAAAGAUGAUGGCAACACUUAAAGAUACUAAACAGGACGACAUUUAUAAGAUUUUCAUGAAACAGAUCAGGAAGUACUUCGAGAAAAAAGAAAUCCGUUUAGCUGAGGUCCUGUCUUUGAUACAAAAAGAAGAGAGGGAGUUGGGAAUAACAGAUGAUCCUGAUGAUGUUGGAAUUGAUCAUGCUUCUUCCACAGGAAAUAUUGCUUCAUCACGGGAUGCCUUAGCUGGGCAGCCAUCCAGUAAUACACCAUCUGAUAAUCAGUGGUCACAAGACAGGAAAGAUGGCCAGUCACCAGAGAGAAGUCCUCAAAACAGACCUGAUCUGAAAGAUAAUCAACUAGUGAGGUCUAAAACACAAAUGCCAUCAACAUUAUCAUCAUCUUCAUCAAAUUAUGACAGUCUGCCUGGAGCAACUGGUAAUCUUGGCCGAGAUUUACAGAACCCAGUUCAAUCAUCGGUGCCACCAGCACAACUAGAUCCCAACUUUGGAGGUGCUUGCAUAUCAUCUUUGAAGACCAAAGUAUUUAACUCAUUGGGGAAGGAGUUACAAAAGGAGAACAUUCAUGAUGAGGAUGAUGGUCCAUGGUGGAAUUAUAUCUUAAACAAUGAAGAACUUGAUGUCAGUAGGGAUGAACAAAUAGAAAUUGAGAAAUAUAAGCGUCCAGGAGUUAAGUUCUUAGACAUGUUGGGGCAACGAAAAUACACAUUGCAAGAUUUGGAGAGGCUUUUCAUUCAGUUCGGGAUCACUGAGGCCUUGAAUAUUCUUAGACAGCAUCAAAACAAAGUUAUAUGUGACAGAAAUUCCAACCAAGCAAGUGAGAACAACUUGAAUAUAAACCAAAGAGAAAAAGCUGAUGCAAAUAAAGAUAUGAAUAUAUCAGUACCACAGACAGAUGCUCCUGAAGACAUUGGAGAAAAAAACCUUUCAAGUAGCCCACCUGUUCAAAGGCCAGCAAAUACAGGAGAAUUUCAUAGAAGUUCCAGUAAUGUUUCUAGAGGGACGCUCAAUAGUGACACGUCAAGUUUGUCAUUGGAGAGCUGUACUGAAAACUUCGAGUCUUCUCUGCAGACAUUUAGAAGCAUAGAAGAUGAACAAAUGAAAGGGACUACAGCUGUACAAGCACAUGGGGACCCAACUGGCAUUCGGUCACAACCAAACCCUGAAGACGAUGCAAGGAAGCUGCGAAAUGAUCGUGUUAAUCAGUUUGACAAUGAACCUGGAGCUAUAGAAAAUACAAGUUAUAUAGAUGUAAAUAAUGGAGAAAAACCAGUCAGUUGCAACUUACCAAGAAGUCAGACAGUAGAUGUUAAUGUUGAAAAUUUACCAUGUAAUCAGGAAGGACAGAUGAGAAAUAGUGAGCAGCCAGGUCGAACAGGUUCAGUUGUUAACCUUCCUUCAGAAAAUGGUGGUCAGAAUUGGUCAUCAGGUACUAGUGGUAUUCCUUUGUUAAGUGGUUUUCAGUCAGUGGCACCAAAUGCUAGCACUGAAGAGCCAGGAGGGGGUGAAAACAAUGAAUCACAAGGUGUUGGAGCUGUUCCUCCAAGAAGUAAUAUCACUGGUGAUGUAAUGUUGUCUGCUGAUUUGCAACCUCGGAUUGGAGUUCAUUGUGUGCCUCCUAGUAUAGAGAGUCAGCAUUCAAGGGAAGUAACUGAAGACAUUUCUAACAUUCAGUCUGGGGCUUCUGGGAAUGAUGAGUCAUUGGGAAGUUUGAGAGAUCCUGACUUAAUACAUGGUACGCAAGCAGCAGAAAAUGUGGCUUCAGAUUUAACUGAAGAAAACUCCGAAAAGUGACAACAUGAUUCAAGAGUAAAUCGGGUUCUUCUGUUUUUGUGACAGCCUGAGUAAAGGAUCAAUUUUUUUUGGGAAUUAAUUCAGUGAAUAGUAUUUUUGGAACAGUUUCAAGCAGUUGUAGCCAGUUCCUGAUGUUGCAAUAUGAAUGCAAACUUAGUUAAAAAUUGAUCCUCAUACUCGGCUAUAUGACGGUAAAUAGUCUCAAAGGAGCUUAUUAUAACAUCUUUACCAACAAAAUGGGCAGUACAGAUAUUUAUGAUACAGAUAUACCAUGUGAUUAGAACAGGAAUAGACUGGCACCAGAUCAGGCAGGUGUGAGUGUGCUGUCAGAUCAGGCAGGUGUGAGUGUGCUGUCAGAUCAGGCAGAUUUGGGUGUGCUGUCAGAAUGUUUUGGUCAGGUUGGUUCACCUUGUUUUACUCCGUCAUUAUGGGAUUUUCAGUCUGAACAUGGAACUAAAUACUGACUGAA